GGUGGUUGGGAACCUGGGGCUGCUGGCUGUGGAAGGUUGAGACGAAGCGGGCAUGGCCUGUGUGAACGGGGGCAGAGCAGGCGAGCGUGCGAUGUGCAAGCCUGAGCAGAAGGGAACGAGAGGCGGUCAGCCGCGUCCGGGCUGUCCGGCCACGAGUCAGAUGAGGACAGGACAGGCACGUGGCGGGUCGAGGGUGUGUUCGUGGAAGGUGGGGUGCGGUGCAUGGCGAGGAAGUAGAGGCUGCGAGUAUAGACGGCCAUUCUGGGGGGACUUCUGCUAUGCACAGGUUUGGAGAAGGCCGCCGCAGGAGCUGGAGGCCUGUGUGGGGGCUCCCCCCUCACCCCGGGGGGGGGGCGGGGGGAGGGGUCCUUGUCCCUGCCCUGAGGGAGACACAGGUGUGGCUCUCUGCAGAGGGGACCACCUACCUACUCCUGGGGGACGGGAGGGAGGCUGCCUGAGCAGGAGCAGGACAGAGCCAGGCGCCGGAGUGAGCCAGAGGGCUAGGCCCCAGAGCACAGCUGAGGGCGGCUCCCCUGGAGAGACAGAGGGAAGGCAGCGGGUCUGGACGUGGGGACAGGCAGGACGGUGGAUUGGGAAGGGGGUGAACAUGAGGCCGCCUUGCUGGUCACUGGGCCUUGUCUUUGAGAGUGGAUGUGGUUUCUUCAACAGGAGAAUGCCGUUGAGGCCAGGUUUAUGUACUUCAGGACCUGGGAGCAGAGAUGAACCGGAGAAGGUGGUACUCAGGGGCUCAGGGUAGAGCCCCAGGCCCGAUGAUAAUGAUGAUGGGCAGCCACUGUUUGUAACUGUCCUGUUAGGUGUCAUGUACUGGGCUAGGCGCCCUUGGCACCUUGUCCCCGAUCCUCGCAGCCACGCGGGAGACGGAGGCUCCGUCAGGUACCGGGACCCAGCUGAGGUUCAGGCCCCGGGGGCCCCACUCUUCCCACUGCACAGCUCUGUCCUCCCGUGAGGAGGGCGGACCCCCCCCCCAAUCCAGGUGCAAGGGCAGGGGGUCCAUGCACUCAGAUCCCCUUGCAGUCAUGGGCCAUCUGUCUCUUCCUCGGCACCUCCUUCUCAGGUCCGGAGUGAGGUGACGGUAGCGCUGCUGUAGCGGGUGAUUUGAGGAUUGAAUCCUCUGGUGUGUGGUUCGUGCCCCUCCCCUGUGCCUGGCAUAGAGGCAGUGCGUGCGCCCCGGGACCAGUUGUUCCUGCUCUUGUAUUUCCUUUCUCUAGGCUCGGGUCGGGGUUGGGGGGGUCUGUUGAUAGUGGAGAGCAGUGGGGCAGGAAGGGGUCCGAGGAGGGUGGCACCCAAAGGGGCCGGGGCCAUCUGAGAUCGCUGGGGCGCCCCCAGCGCUGAGCCGAGGUUAGAUACCAAGGAUUUGUGCUCCGCCGCCCCGGGACAGGGGCCCGGGGAUCUGCAGUGUCUCGGCGGUGGCAGGGCCAGGGACCCGAGUGGGUUGGCAGGAGAAGAAGCGAGGCCCGGGACUGGCCCUGUCUGUGCUGGGAGGGGGCUAGAGCCAGCUUGCCGAGUCGUGAAACCCAGGGGCCCGUCCCCCUCUGUCCUCUGCUGGGGCUCCGUGGCCUCUGUUGUAGCACCGACCACGUGCUGUCCCGGCCGUGCCUUUCUCUAGCCGUCUGCGCCAUCGUCCGAGAGCUCGCCCAAGACUCUGUCUGAUGGACACGUCGUCCUGAUCCCCGGCCCCUUCCUUUGGGCCUGUCGGCUGACUGUGUCGUGAUAGGAAGAAGGAGCCAGGGCUCUCGGCUCCCCCACCGCCCAGGCCAGGGGAGGCCCCAGGAGCUGUAGGGAGAUGCAGUUCGGCUGCCUCUCCUUCCGGCAGCCUUACGCAGGUUUCGUCUUAAACGGGGUCAAGACCAUGGAGACGCGUUGGCGUCCUCUGCUGAGCGGCCACCGGAACUGCACCAUCGCCGUCCACAUCGCCCAGAGGGACUGGGAAGACGCCGCGUGGAGGAGGCUGCUGGUGGAGAGGCUGGGGAUGGCCCCUGCUCAGAUUCAGGCCUUGCUUCGGGAAGGGGAAAAGUACGGCCGUGGCGUGAUAGCUGGGCUUGUUGACGUUGGGGAAACGUUGCCGUGCCCAGAGGACUUAGCUCCCGAUGAGGUCGUGGAACUGGAAAAUCGAGCUGUGCUGACCGGCCUGAAGCAGAAGUACCUCACGGUGCUUUCGAACCCCAGGUGGUUGCUGGAGCCCAUCCCCAGGAAAGGCGGAAAGGAUCUCUUCCAGGACCUGGGGCUGCCACUCCAGACAGUCUUUCUUAGACAGCUUCCAUGCUCAAGACCCUUGGAGAGAAAUGACUGCUCGUCGGUGCUCCAAAGGCCCCAGAGAUGACCGGGGCGGGUGGCCGCCUUACGCGGGGCCAAAGCCCCAGUCAGGCGACUCGGCAGAGCACAGCUGAGGGGGCUGCGAGGACAGCCACCCCCAAGGGGCUCGCCACAGCUUCUGCGCAGCCCUGUGGCCAUCGAGAAAGGGGCCGAGCGCUGGGCUAUGGGGCCCAAGGCCCGGCGCCUCCGCCAAGCGAGCCUGGCUCUGUGGCCUUGCCUGCCGCCCCUGCCUUCGGGCCUCCGUCCUUCAAGCCGUCCGUUGCUCCCUGGGUCCCGGGAGCUGCCCCCUUCCUGGGCUCCAUGCCCCGCAGGCACCGCCCUUCCCCUGCGGUUGGCUCAGGUCCCAGCGCAGGGGACUUUCUC